GGGAAUGGCAGAGGCCAUGACAAGCAACCAGGACCUUUUCAUGUGUCCGAUUUGUUUGGACUUUCUCAGGGAUCCAGUGACUCUUCACUGUGGACACAAUUACUGCAUGGGCUGCAUUGAGGGCUUCUGGGAUCAGAAGGGAGUCUACAGCUGCCCCCAGUGCAGACAGACGUUCACUCCAAGACCCGUUUUAAACAGAAAUAAUAUUGUUGCUGAGCUUGUGGAACAGACAAGGAAGACCAGCAUUCAAACUGUUGCUCCUGCUCCUGUUGUUGUAGUAGGCCUAUUUGCUGGACCUGGAGAUGUGGAGUGUGACGUCUGCACUGGGAGAAAACUCAAAGCUGUGAAGUCCUGUCUAGACUGUCUGUUCUCUUACUGUGAGACUCACUUCAGAGUUCACAAUGACAUGAAUCCUGGCCGAAAGCACAAGGUGGUUGAUGCAACAGGUCAGCUACAGGAAAGGAUCUGCACCAAACAUGAGAAGCCUCUGGAGGUGUUUUGUCGCACAGAGCAAACUUGUGUUUGUUUGUUGUGUCUGGUGGAUGAACACAAAGACCACGACACUGUGUCAUUACCUAUAGGGAGAAAGGAGAAACAGACACAGUUGGGAGAGACCCAGAGGAAAUUUCAGCAGAGAAUCCAGAAGAAAGAGAAAGAGCUGCAUGAACUGAGGAAGGCUGUGGAGACUCUCAGGAGCUCUGCACAGACUGCAGUGGACGAGAGUGAGAGGACCUUUACUAAGAUGAUUUGUUCCAUUGAAAGAAUGCACUCUGAGGUAAAAGAGCUGAUCAGAGCUCAGGAGAAGGCUGAGGUGAGUCGGGCUGAAGGACUCAUGAAGCAACUGGAGCAGGAGAUUGCUGAGCUGAAGAGGAAAGAUGCUGAGCUGGAGCAGCUUUCACACACAGAGGACCACAUCCAUUUCCUCAAGACUUUCCAGUCAGUGAGCAACACACCUGAGACUAAAGAGGUAUCCAGCAUCUGUAUUAACCAAAGCCUUUCUUUUGAGGCUGUGAAGAAAUCUGUGUCCUCGUUAAAGGGGCAGCUGGAGGAUUUCUACAAAGAGGAAGUCAUGAAGAUAUCUGCAGCAGUGACUAAUGUCCAGGCUAUUUUGCCUGUAGAUCCUACAACCAGACAGGAAAUCGUACAAUUUUCUAUAGUGAGUGAAGUCCAGGCUAUUUUGAACCUACCUGCAACCAGAGAGGAAUUCCUACAAUACUCCUGCCACCUCACACUGGAUCCAAACACAGCAAACAGAAACCUCCAUCUGUCUGAAGUGAACAGGAGAGUGGAAUGGAGAGAUAGGGCCCGGUCAUAUCCUGAUCAUCCAGAGAGAUUUGAGUGGUGGCAAGUGCUGUGUAGUGAGAGUGUGUCUGGACGCUGCUACUGGGAGGUUGAGUGGACUGGGGGGGUUUAUAUAGCAGUCUCAUUCAAAAGCAUCUGCAGGAAAGGGUGGAAAGAUGAGUGUAAGUUUGGACAUAAUGAUCAGUCCUGGAGUCUGGACCUCUCCAGCUUCAGUUCCUAUUACUGGAACAAUGAUAAACACACUAAACUCCCUCUAGUGGUCAGCUCCAAAAUAGGAGUGUAUGUGGAUCACAGGGCAGGAGAUCUGGCCUUCUACAGCAUCUCUGACACAAUGACCCUCCUGCACAGAGUCCAGACUACAUUCACUCACAAACUCUACCCUGGGUUUAGGCUAGAUAAUAGAUCAUCAGUGAAGCUGUUGUGAGUAUUCUCAGUUGGGAAUUGGCCUGGUAUUAGCCAGGCUAGAUCCCUGCUGCAGUGUUUCAACUUUGGGAACCAAGUACAUGAAGGAAACGGAGGGACAAGUAGUGUAGUCUAAUGGCCAGCUCCAGAAUAUGAGUGUGUGUGGAUAGGAGUGGAUCACAGGACAGGAACUCUGUCCUUCUACAGCGUCUCUAACACAAUGAUCCCUCUGCACAGAGUCCAGGGGUGUAUUCCAGGCAGGUGGUUAAGUGACAGAUCUGUGUAAGUUAACCCAGAGAAAGCAGUAAAACCCCAAUAGAAGAGCCCUUGGCUUUGUAUAGUUUGGAGAUUUAAGCCUAUGAUCUGUUCUAUUAAAAGGUUUACUGCUGCAGUAGGAGUACUCUCUGUGCUCUCUUGUACAAAAUGCUUUUAACUUGUAUAUCAUGUCUAUCACGUAAGAAGUCCAAGAAGGGGCACACAGAAAAAAAUAACUGAUAGGGGACAUAAAGAAUAAACAGACUAUUAAUCUGUGUUGGGUAUUUGGCAUUUGUGCUGUGGUUGUUGUAAUGGUUUUGAAAAGUGUGUGAGCUGAUUAUUUGUCUG